AUGUCAUCAUCAUCAGGUAAUCAACACGAACAAAAAACAUCAACAGUUAAUUUAUCUGAUACUGAAUGGAAAAAAAAAUUAUCUGAUGAAGAAUAUCGUAUAUUACGUAAAAAAGAAACAGAAUAUCCUGGUACGGGUAAAUAUAAUAAACAUUUUGAAACUGGAACAUAUAAAUGUGCUGGUUGUGGACAAGAACUUUAUGAUUCAUCAUCAAAAUUUGAUUCUCAUUGUGGUUGGCCAGCAUUUAGUUCAUCAUUAGGCACAGCAGUUCGACGUCAAAAAGAUGAAGAUGGUUAUCGUGAAGAAAUUUUAUGUGCUAAUUGUAAUGGUCAUUUAGGUCAUGUCUUCGAAGGUGAACGAUUACAUGAUACAAAUGGAAAAUUAAUUCAAGAACGUCAUUGUGUUAAUUCUGCUUCAUUAAAAUUUGAAAAGAAAAAUUAA